AUGUUAUCACAGCCCAAAAAUAGAGUUCAAGCUAUUAAAAGUAAAUUUGAGAGUUUACAGUCUGAAAACGAAUCUUUAGUCGUUAAGAAAAACGUGUCUCAUUUGAGUAAAUAUACUCAAAAACACAAUGUGAAUAUUGGUGUUGUAGACUCAAAUAAUAAGGAAAACAAAGACGAAGAAAAAAGUUUGAAUGUUAAUUCAGACUUAAGUGAUUUGAAUGAAGAUUGGUCUCUCAAACCAAAUUCAAGUUAUUUAUAUAGUCAACCAGACACAAAAGUUUGUAAUGAUACAAAAAUAACACUGUCGCGUCAAUCAAGUGAUCCUGGCAAGAAAUUACAUAGAAGUCAUGCUUUCCGCUGUGACCGAAAUCAAAUUAUAACACAGCCUAAACGAUAUGGUAGCUGCAAUGGACGAUCAGAAACCAGUGAUUUCUCAUUGAAACGCCAUGAUAAAACACUCUCCAAAGAUCGUUUGAAACAAUUAGGAAAUUUUAUUGAAGAUCAAAUGAGGAAAGAAGGCUACAUGGCUUCCAACUCUGCCAUUGUUGGUCAUGUUGAUUCUGUACCAGACUGUGAUGUACCUAAACACAUAUUAGACCAAUAUGCUAAAGUUGAUAAAAGUAACAAAGCUGAAAAACAAGAUUCCCUAACCGAUAGUGGGGUGAGCUCAGAAACAGAAAAUAUAGAUGAUGAAAAAAAUAAAAUUAGAAAACUAGUUACUCAAUAUGAAAAAAUUGAUGAUAAAGAAAAACUCUUUUUGGAGAAACAGAAAUCCAGGGACAGUAAAGGAUUGAAAAAUAAAGAUUACUUUAAUAUUAACGAAAAUAAACAUCUUAGUCAGUUUUUUGAGACCAGUGAUAAAGAAACUUCCCCAAUUGAAAACUUAAAUAAUACACAACAUAAUUUUCAAAAUAAAGAAGAAAAUAAAACCUUACUUGACAGUGAAACUAAAAUAUCAAACCAAUUGGAAAAUGUCAAUUCUAAUUCAAAUCUGGCUUCAAUGGAUGACCUUUGUGGAUCUAGUGAAACCAUGCGUUUGGAACGAAAAAACCCACAUUUAGUGCUCACAGAUACAUUGAAAAAGGCCUUAAAACAGCCUUUACCCACUGGACCACCACCUAAAAAACCACCUAGAGUUUUUCAUGAAGAAAAGCCUAAAAAGGACACAAAAAAAAUGCUUGAAAAACUAGAGCAGAUAUUGCAAAAACGAGAGGCAAAUCAAAGUAAAAUCUAUGACAUUGCUGAAGAAUCAGAAAAAAUUGAAAAACCUAAAAAAGAGAUGCAUUAUCUCUGUACUGAAAUAUUAAACAUCCCAAACCAAACAACGGAUCCCUUUAUAAAGUGUUUAAAUUCUUUAAAUUGUGCCAUUAUGACAAAUAAUUCUACUUUAAGUCUGCCAUAUACUAGAUUGAACGAAUGUAUGUGUGAUAAACGUUUGAGUACAUUUAAAAACGAUUUUGAAGGAAAGAAGUGUCCAAAGUGCCAAUCGAAUGAUGAUAAAGACGGAUUUAAGUGUCAUUUGAACUGUAAGUGUAAAGUGUUAAAUUCAGAGUUUUAUGUGCCAAGAGAACAUAUCUAUGAUGUACCAUUUGUUGAGAAAAGUGAAUAUGGAUCAUUGAAUAAAGGCAGCCGGAGUAUGGAAGACUUAAGACUUAUUGAGGUAAGCUUCCCUUUAUCUGUUUAA